AUGCGUUGGAUCAAAUCGUUGCUCUGGUUUUUUGUAGCAUCGGCUGUCGCCCGGUCGACUGAAGGCCUCUAUAGUCUCGUCAAGCGGCGGUUGCCAAAUCAUAGCGACCAAUUUCGCUUCAACCUGGACGCCGAUUUUGGUAACAGUGACGGCUACGAUCAAUAUAUAGUCCAAAGCGCGGACAAUGGGACCGUUCUAGUUCAUGGCAACUCUCUUAGUGCACUCUCCUCUGGGUAUGACCGAGAAGAAAUUCACCGAGAAUCAGAACGGCCAACGUUGAUAGUCUCCAUCGCUAUCUCACUGAUAUCUUCCAUGUUGAUAUCUACUGGUUCAUUGGCAGCCGUCUGGACCAGGGCCCCCUCGGUCCUUCCUCCCAUCGACACGCCGAUUCAGAGCUCCAGCACAGUUCCUUGGCGAUAUCACUUCAAUACGGUGACUUUCUCUUACACUUCGGCCUUUUGGACCUGGGAAGAAUGGGAGUCACAGCUGGAUUGGCUUGCCCUUCGUGGUGUCAACCUAUCCCUUGCCUGGGUUGGUCAAGAGAAAAUCCUGGUAGAUGUAUUCCAAGAGCUUGGACUCACCGAUGCCGAGAUUGCAACUUUUCUGGGUGGACUUGCUUUUCUGGCAUGGAACCGCUUCGGAAACAUCCAAGGAUCCUGGGGCGGCGAUCUGCCUCGAUCGUGGAUCGACAGUAGAAUUUAA